UCGGCUACGUCCUUCUUCAUCCCUCGCCACCAGAACGACCUUUUCAGGUCAUGAUACAUCUUCGUGCUCCCUGGGUGGGCUAAAUAUGGUGCGGUAUGAGCCUCAGUCAAUAUCUCCUUCCUCAACGUUCGACUUUUGGCACAAUAAUCCUGCCUCGAAAUUCCAAGGCCCCAUCAGUGCCUCGGUGAAAACCCUCGACGCCUCUGGCGCAGACUUUGGCAUCAAUGGCAUGAACAAAUUCAUCAGAAGCCUGCUCCCGCCAGAUCCUUUCCCUCAACGUCGGUUGAAUAUGCAUAUAACUGACACUCCCCAUAAUGGCCGUAGAAAGUGCAUCAACAACCUGAAUCUGCAUCCGGGCGAACUCCUGGAUAAGACGGCUUUGCUGAGUAACAACAUACUAGGCGAUCGGAGUACGGCCAUUGGACGGGACGCACGACUGUUAGGCAACGGGCACGCGGGGCAUGGCGGAUGCGCGAGUGGCGCGGACGCAAUUGGCGGCCUAGGCCAAAGGGGCCUAAGAAAGGCGGCAGCACACGCGCGCGAAAAGGUCGGCGAUGGCGAGGAGCGCGCUAUGGCGCGCGAGUGUGGGGCAAGCACGGAAGUCCUAGGGCGCGAAGGUUUAGGCGAGGAGGACAGCACGCACGCGCGGGGGAUGAGCGAUAGGCGUGCAGCGCAAGACAACGGGGCACGUGCUGGGAAGGCGUGUGCGGACCCUGUCCGCACAGGACUAGGACUGGGAGAUGGCGAGCGCGCGGGUGGCAGCGACGCGCGAGACGCGGCACGCGGAUGGACAGCAGGCGCGAUAGGCGCUGCGUGGGAGACAAGCGCGCAGGUUGCCGCGUGUAAUAUCCCGAUAUUUUAUCGGUAUAAAUUAUGUUUUAGUUCCGAGAUAAUAACGUUAUCGAUUAUUAUUUUCGGAAUUAAUUAUUUUCAGUCGAGAUUACCGAAAUUCAUUUUCGACGGACCGUUUACGUUCGAAAUAAUUUUGGUAAUUAAGCAUUAUGGUAGCUGUCAAGGCUAUCUUGUUUCCAUGGUAUCCGAUGAAGUUGAUGAGCGGGUGCCCGAGAGAGUAUCUAUUGUUUGCGAGUACCUCGACGUCUUUCCUGAUGACUUACCCGGAGGAACGCCCGACCGCCAGGUGGAGUUCACCAUUGACCUAAUUCCAGGAGCCGGUCCCGUUUCUAAGGCCCCUUACCGUAUGGCGCCGAAGGAGCUUCAAGAUCUCAAGGCCCAGAUCCAGGAGUUGCUCAAGCUUGGUUUCAUUCAUCCGAGUGUCUCGUCGUGGGGUGCGCCCGUCCUAUUCGUGAAGAAGAAAGACGGAUCUAUGCACAUGUGCAUUGACGACCGGGAGUUGAAUGCCCUUACAGUCAAUAACAAGUAUCCCCUUCCCCGUAUUGAGGACCUUUUCGAUCAGCUGAGAGGAGCCAGCGUCUUCUCAAAGAUUGACUUGCGUUCUGGCUAUCAUCAACUGAAGAUAAGAGAGUCGGAUAUUUCUAAGACUGCUUUCCGUACCCGCUAUGGCCACUAUGAGUUCGUAGUCAUGCCUUUCGGACUCAGCAAUGCCCCGGCCGUUUUCAUGGACCUUAUGAAUAGGGUCUUUCACCCCUUCCUGGACCAGUUCGUUAUUGUGUUCAUCGACGACAUCCUGGUCUAUUCCCGAGAUAUCGAUCAGCACAAGGAGCAUUUGAGGAUUGUGCUGGAGACUCUUCGCCGCGAGAAGUUGUAUGCUAAGUUAUCGAAGUGCGAAUUCUGGCUGAACUGCGUGGCAUUCCUUGGCCACAUUGUGACAGCGAGAGGCAUUGAAGUGGAUCCCAGCAAUAUUGAUGCGGUGAGUAAGAGGGAUACGCCGAGAAGCGCAGCGGAUGUUCGUAGUUUCCUGGGGUUAGCAGGAUACUACAGGAGAUUUAUCGAGGGCUUCUCGAAGAUAGCCCAGCCGCUGACCAACCUUACGAAGAAGGCCGUGAGGUUCGAUUGGAGUUCUCAGUGCGAGGAGAGUUUCCAAGAGUUGAAGAGGAGACUCACUACCGCGCCCGUCCUAUCUCUACCCGACCCUACUUUGGAGUUCACCAUCUAUAGUGCUGCUUCGAAGAUGGGUUUGGGAUGUGUCCUUAUGCAGCAGGGGAAAGUCGUGGCCUAUGCUUCGAGGCAGCUGAAGCCUCUCGAGCAGAACUACCCCACUCAUGAUCUCGAGUUAGCUGCAGUUGUCCACGCCCUGAAGAUUUGGCGACACUAUCUCUAUGGAGGAAAGUGUGAGAUCUUUACCGACCACAAGAGCCUGAAGUACAUAUUCACUCAGAAGGAGCUGAACAUGAGGCAGCAUAGAUGGUUGGAGCUGGUCAAGGACUACGACUGCACCAUUAGCUAUCACCCUGGGAAAGCUAAUGUGGUAGCCGAUGCCCUUAGCCGGAGGAGUUAUGGCCAGCUGUCUUGCUUGUUCACCAGGCAGGAUGUUCUUCUUCGGGAGUUCGAGCGAUUACAGCUGGAGGCAGUGGAGUCGACUUCGACAGCCGGGGGCGUAUUGGCCUCUUUGGUUGUGGGACCGACUCUUCGAGAGAGGAUAGUCGCCGAGCAACCGAAUGACCGAUUCUUAUGCCGUAUGAGGGAGUUGUCAGCAGCUGGUAGAGUUGGUGGUUUCGCAGUCGCAUCCGAUGGAGCCUUGGUCUUCGAGGGUAGAUUUUGUGUUCCGAGGGUGUGGGAACUGCGGAGAGAGAUUUUGAGGGAGGCCCAUAGUGCCCCGUACACCAUCCAUCCUGGUAGCACGAAGAUGUAUCAGGAUCUGAAGAAGUCUUUCUGGUGGCGAGGCAUGAAGAGGCAGGUAGCGAAGUUCGUGGAUGGGUGCCUGGUGUGUCAGCAAGUGAAGGCUGAGCGCCAGAAACCGAGAGGGUUGUUGCAGCCCCUUGAGGUUCCCCUGUGGAAGUGGGAGUGCAUCACCAUGGAUUUCCUAGUGGGACUGCCGAAGUCGAGGAGCGGGUAUGAUUCGAUUUGGGUGAUAGUGGAUCGCCUUACGAAGUCUGCCCAUUUUCUGCCAGUCCGGACGACCAUGAAGGCGAGUGAUUACGUUGAAUUGUUCGUCAAGGAAAUUGUUAAGCUUCAUGGAAUGCCUGUGGAGAUUGUUUCGGAUCGAGAUGCCAAGUUUACAUCCCAGUUCUGGAGGACGUUGCACCGAGCCAUGGGGACGAGGUUGGAGUUCAGUACAGCCUUCCACCCCGAGACAGAUGGUCAGUCGGAGCGU